AUGGUUAAAACUGGAGGCCACCUCAUACCCACCAAGAUCGAGACGCUCACUAAGGACGUGCCGCGCAACAAGGAGAUAAUCAAAGAAAUCGUGCAUUCCACGUGGCCAGCCGUCUCCGCCCCCGAUCCAGACGGAGACGGCCCGGGCGUACCCGGUAAGCCAUUCCAGGCACAAGCUAUCAUAGCCAACCCCGUCUCCUACGGACACAUCCACGUCGCCGAACGCCUCGGUGUGCCGCUGCACAUCAUGUUUCCGCAGCCGUGGGUGCCCACCAUGGCGUUCCCCCAUCCGCUUGCCAACAUGCCCUACACGGACGAGCUUAGGAAGACCAACUACAUGUCGUAUAAAAUGGUGGAUUUACUCAUGUGGCAGGGAACGGAGGGUCUCAUCAACGAGUUCCGCACCAAGGUACUAAAACUGCGCAAGAUCCGCAACGGCGACGGCGGUCGGGACCUACUUCUGGAUCUUCAAAUUCCGCAUGCUUUCAUGUGGAAGUUGGAGAUGUUUUUGGGCAGAGACGGCGGUCCCGAUCUUCGUCGGUUUUCGGGUCGAUGGUGCUGGCGGAUCCGCUGGCUACUACCAUGA